AUGGCUGUGACCAUGGCUCUGCUUUGGAUUUCAUUAAUUUUAUCAGUAAUUGGAUCCAAUGGCGUAUACGGUGACGAAUUCAGUAUUCUUCAUACCCCAUCCUCCCUGAAGUUCUCGGGAUCCAGUGAGGCUUCUGAAAGCCUUCUCAAAGAGGUUUUCUCUGCUGCUCUUGGGCUUUCUGUGGAACAGAAUUCUGAAUGGAAUGGAUUGUACAUUGCUGAUCCAUUUAAGACCCCUGAAGCUAUUGUCGAGGUAUAUGUGGAUGGUGUGUCUACUCUAGGUGACUCAAUUGGAUUGAAAUCUAAAACAUUUCUUCUGAAAGCUGACGAGUAUGAGCCAGACACUUUUGCCAAUGUGAGGCAUAGGAUUGAGCAAAGAUUUACUAAAGGUGCUAACAAAAUUGUGGAUGUCAAUCUGUCUGAUGCUGAUAAGUUAGCUUCCCCACAGGUUACAAAUGUAUUUGGUGAGAUAAAGGAAACCAAGGUCCCUAAGAAAUCUUAUUCACAUUUAAAAUAUUCAGUUGAAGAGCAUUAUCAAUUCUUAGCUGAGCUUGAGAGAUUGAAAGCUAUCACAGAGAAGGUGCAGUCUGGCGUUAUUGUUCCCGACAACAUCGUUGAUUUCUAUAACUUCCGCUUUAGCAGUUUACAUGCUCUAUCUGACUAUAAUGGGAUUAACUCCUUACAAACCAAAGAAGCUAAGAAAUUGCUAGGUGAGGCUCUUCUGGAGCUUAGCAAUGCUUUUAAGAAAGCUUAUGAUGGAUCAGUACUUGUAACUGUUGUUUCCACUGAUGUUGUCCACACCCGCAGAAUUCGAUCAGCCCAAAAUGAAAAUCCUGAAACUGCAGCAGUUCCAGAUGCCGAGGUUGACAAUGAUGGCUACAAUGCUGACUACCCUGCCAUAUUUAACAUCAUUCUUUGGUUUGGUGUGGUGUUUGCAUUUACUCUCAUAGCCAUUGUGUAUGCUAUCAUGGAUAUGGACCCUGGCAGAGACUCCAUCAUCUACAGAAUGACUAGCACCAGGAUGAAGAAGGACAAUUAG